GAAAAAGGAGGGUAGCGAGGGCUGCGGAGCUGAGUCCGAUUAUUUCUCCCCCCCUUUCCCCUCAGCGCCGCCACCCUCGCCGCCCGCGACGAGACAUGCCCGCCGGCCGGAAGCGCCCAGCUCCAUCCCCGUUCGCCGGCUUCUCCCCCUUCGCCCGCUCCCUCCUCUUCUCCCCCGCCUCCGGCUUCUCCAGGCUGCCUCUCACCAACGCAGGCCCCGCCGCCAAACCCCAUCAAGGUAAGCUCCUGCGGUCCUGCCAACCCCCCGACCCCUCCUACCGAACGCGCCCCUCACGCCUCGUUCGCUCGCCAGACACCGCCGACAUGCCGCCGCCACCGCCCAAGCGCGCGAAGCAGGCCGAGCCCACCAGCGACGAGGAGGAGCGCCCCAGCAGCGACGCCGACGAGGAGCUCUCGGGCAGCGACGGCGACAGCGACAGCUCCCUGGAGUGCUCGAGCAGCGACGACGACGACGCGUCCCAGGAGAUGGAGACAGUGCAGGCGGACUUCGCCUUCUUCGACCCCAAGCCCACCGACUUCCACGGCGUCAGGCUGCUGCUCAAGACCUACCUCGACUCCAAGCCCUGGGACCUCACCGGCUUCGUCGACCUCGUCCUGGAGCAAACCACCGUCGGCACCGUUGUCAAGAUGGCCGAGGACGAGGAUGAGGAUGGGGAAGCAAAUGGGGGUGACAAGAGCGACACGGGCGACGACGAUGAGGACCUGUUCGGUCUCAUUACCGUGCUCAAUUUGGGAAGAUACGGGGAGAACCGCUGCAUCAAGGAUCUUAAGGAGUAUCUGCUUGCUGUUUGCGGCGACAAGGACACCAAGAAGAAGCUCAAGUCGCUGCUGGAAGACAAGGCGUCUACAGUCGGCCUGCUGGUCUGUCGCCGAUUUGUGAAUUUCCCGUAUGAAAUGGUCCCUAAGAUGUAUGAUUCUCUCUUUGACGAGGUUGCCUGGGCGACAGAAGAUGAGCCAACACAAGAACUCCAGGACUCCUUCCGAUUCAAGCAGUACCUGUUGCUUGUGAGAAUCUUGGAGAGAAAAACUCCUCCAAAGCAGAAAGCAAAGAACAGCAAAGAUGAGGAUGAACCUGUUAUCUAUCCGAAGUUGGAGGACGAAAUUUUCCGUGAGCUUAGUUCGUGGUCUUUCACUUUCCCAAUUCGUGCCGAACAGUCAGCUCAGCAGGAGCUGAAGAACUACAAGGAGAUGGGCUUGGUGAUGUGCGUUAAAGCCGAAGCGAUUCCGAAGUUCCGCAAGAAGCUGGAGGCCUUGGUAUCUGAAUAGCAGGUCUCUUUGCUGAUAAGAGAAGUAGGCCCAGGUGGUGGAAUUUCGCUGCUGUCCGCAUAGCAAGAACCAGUCGCUUUUUUCACGCUGUUAGUAGCGCCGUUAGGUGCAAAUGUGCAAUCAUCACUGCCGAUGCGAUGAGGUUGAUCUCUACUAGCAAGGAAUCGUUUAUCGACUAGUCCACCUUUUUUCAUGUAGUGCUACAGGAUAUUCUUUCAUGGAGGGUGAAGGCAUGAUUUUUCUGAA